UUUUUCGCUCUAAUCAUCCUCAAAUUCCCCCAAUUCAAAGGCUCUGCAAAUCUGAUUUCGUCUUCCAGUGAAAAGGAUUCAAACUCCGAUGGAGGCAACCGCCGAAUCAGCGCUGCUGCCGUUGCCGGAGGAAUUCCUCGACUUCCUCCGGGAAAACGGUCUCGACCCCUCAAUCUACAGCGCCACCGAAUCGGUUCCUCGCUAUAUAAGGGUGAAACCUGGGAAUGAAGCUUGUCUUCAGGAGUUGGAAGCUGAAAUCAAGUCUAAACCUUUAAAAGUAGAGUGGUUACCCGAGUUUUAUUCGCUGCCUAACGAUGUUCAGAUUGCCAAUACUAGUCUGUACAAGCAAGGGCAAAUAUAUGGUAUUGAUGCUGCUUCAGGAGCUGCUGUUUCUGCAUUGAACAUCUCAGCAGGAGAUCAUGUCUUGGAUCUCUGUGCUGCUCCUGGUGCUAAACUCUGCAUGAUUUUGGACUUUCUUGGUGAUUCGGGCUCUGUGACUGGUGUUGAUGUAUCGCAGCAUCGGUUAGCAGCUUGCAGAACGCUGGUGCAGAAAUAUGCACUGGGAAAUCGGUGCAGACUAUUUGUUGCUGAUGGGACAACUUUCUCUCUUGUUCCUGCCAAACAUCAUGAUUGUAUAGAUAAACAUCAUGCAGGUGAGUCUACAUGUGAAGAAAAGGUUGAUGUGUUUGGGGAAUGGACAGCUAGAAGACCCUGGAAAGAAAGGAAAAGAGCCGCAAGACAGAGAAAGUUAGGUUCUGCAAUGAUUGGCUCCGUUCAACCUCCAGAAAUUAUUUUCUAUGGGCAGAACUCUGGAGUAGUUGGGCUCUCCAAAGAUGAAUUAUACCAGUCUGUGCAAAACAGUGAUGUUUCUGACUUUGGCUAUGAUAAGGUUCUUGUUGAUGCGGAAUGCACUCAUGAUGGUUCAGUUAGGCACAUACAGAAGUUUGAACAGUGGGGCUGGGAAACUCUUCAACAGCGUGUUAUGAAUGCAGAAAGAACAGAUAGCUUGACCCUUCUCCAGCUGAAGCUUUUGACCAAUGGCUUUAGGCUGCUAAAAGUUGGUGGAUCGCUCGUCUACAGCACCUGCAGUUUGACGGUUGCACAGAAUGAAGACAUAGUUGAGCGCUUCCUCCAAGAAAAUGCUUCUGCUGUUCUACAAGAGGUCGAUGCUGCCAAGAGUUGGCCCUGCAGAUGCGGACGUAUACCGAAAACUCUACGAUUUGAUCCUUCAACGUCACAAACUAGUGGGCUUUUUGUGGCCAAGUUCACGAAAUUGGCUCUGUAACUGCCAGGCCGCAGCUAGAUUCCAACGAACAUUAGUGAUCCCUUCUCAUACCCAACAUCCGCCUCCUAUCUCACAAUUUUGAAGCGCUUGAUCAUUCAAGUCAUCUUUGUGUUUGUAACAUUAUAAAAAAAAAAAAAACUUUGGAGUAUGUAACGGUCUUCCUCUCUUCGUUU